GCGACAGACGCGACCGGAUUUAAAUUUAGAACCGAACACAAUUUCGCUGUCCUAUUUCAACCAUACUAACCGUGGUUUAAUGAAAUUUCAAGUUCACGUAAUCUUUAUUUGUGAAUACAAUAUAGUGAAUAUCAUGCUGUGAAAUGAGGAUGAGGAUAGUUUGAAGUUAGUGUAACCGAUUGUGAAACUUGACAAUACCACCCGAAGAUGUUUCCAGCGCUCCUCGUUUUAUUACUAUUGUGCAGACAAGAUUCAGUUACAAGUGUCCGCCUCGUGGAACUGCGGGUACCGACGCAUGAGCGGGAGGGGGGCUCCGCUCUCCUCGGCUGCCAAUAUGACAUGGAAGAUGACGUGCUCUACUCGGUAAAGUGGUAUAAGGACUCUAACGAGUUCUUCAGAUACGCGCCGAAGAACUAUCCGCCCAUAAAACAUUUUGACAGGCGGGGAGUUUAUGUUGAUGAAUCCCGGUCAUCUGCCACAGAGGUAACACUGGUGAACUUAACGCGCGACUCCGCGGGAAUGUACAGCUGCGAGGUCUCGGGAGAGGCACCUAACUUCACCACUGUUACCAGUCAGAAAUAUAUCACAAUGCAUUUGCUCCCGGAUAGAGGUCCACAAACAACUGGACUGCAAGAACGAUACUUCAUAGACGAUGAAGUCCUUGCCAAUUGCACGUCGUCUGCAUCCCGGCCUGAGGCUCAUCUAAAAUGGCUUAUAAACGGUCGACCCGCUCCGCGACACUUCCUUAUAGGUCCCUGGUACAGAGUAUCCGUACAACGAGCUGAUGCCGUGGAAACGACUUUACAACUGAGGUUCAGGGUUGUUCCGUCAGAUUUCAAUGAUGGAGCAAUGCGGAUUAAGUGUCAGGCAACAAUAGCGCCGCUCUAUCAAAGAGAAACAAGCUCAGUGCAUUACGUGGCGUUGCCUUUCAUGGAAACUCCGUCUCCUGUUGCCGCGGAUGAUGUAGAUAACGCGUUGCAGUUAAAAAUUUCAUUGUCAACGAUUCUGAUGCCAGUAUUACUACUAAUAUUUAUAAUAUAAUAUUUAAAAAGUUAUACAAAAUGGCCGCUAGUUUAGUUGGAAAUCAUCGGCUGUUUGGUAUUUUUUUACGGUUCAUGUUUCUGUUACGUCUAGACUAAAAAUCAGUGUGGAAGGCUUUAGGCACGCAUGAAUAAUGCUUUGCACCUACUCGGAAUUUUAUGGUACGGUUCACGUAUCGUUUUAAGAAUUAUGAUGUAAAAUGAAUUCCGUAUUAAAAAGGAUAAUUCUAGGUUUAAAAAUCUUUCAAAGACGUCUCAAUUAAUACUGUGGAUCAUCUCUGUUACAUGUUUUUGUCAUUUAACGUGAUGUUUUUAUAACAAAGUAAAUGCAGUAUUGUAAAAUCUUUCAUGUAUACAAUGUUGAUAGUGAUACUCUUACUAGUCUAUUAACAAUGCAGCGAUAUACUCUCUAGGAAGCCUGUAUUUACGUAUUGUAUCAAUAAAAAAGCCAAAGGCUUGUUUGUUUGGCUUUCUGGUGUAUAUUGGUGAAGUAGUAUAUAGCAAGGAUUUUUAAAGUGAGAAAUCAGUUGUCAAUAGGUGCCAUGAUUUUUCACGAUCUUGUUUGUUACAUUAUGCAUUUAAAUAUGUUAUGACUAAAUUUCUAGGUAAAUUCAAUGCAUUUAUACCCGUACUUGUAAGUCUAUUAAGUAAUUUUGUGAUGAACCAAAUUAAUAUAUCGUUUGUAUUGACGACACCGGUCUACUAUAUUGCUCGGCUUUGCCUACCAGUCUUUUUAUCCACUAAGGAUUAUGCACAUGGUCAAAGUAUUAUUAUUCGUAAUGUGAACUAUUUUAUAGAUAAAUUAAUAUUUUUAAACUGGACUUAUUUUACUAAUUCCACAUGGUCUAUUGUCUACUUCUAGAUAUUAUUUAACAGCUUAUAUUAGUAUUAAUAAAGUUUAGGUCUAAAUAAAGCAUCGAUCAAUUACGUAACAACAGAACGAAUAUUAGAAAGAAGCAUGUGAUUAAUAUUAUUAUUAUAAUGUAUAGCUUUUGGUACUAUGUUUGUGACAUAUUAUUGUAAGAAUGUGUGAGAUAUAGUUGUGAUAAUAAAAAUAAAAAUGUACGUA